AUGAGCGCGAUCCUGUCAGCAGACGAUCUGAAUGAUUUCAUUUCGCCGGGGGUCGCGUGUAUCAAACCAGUUGAAACCCUUCCACCGAAAGAUACAAAGAAUCCAGAGGACGCCUAUGAAGUAACAACGGAAGACAAGGUCCAGCCCGAGGAUCUCCCCCCGGCACAGAUUUCUUUGACGGACUGCCUCGCUUGCUCUGGCUGUGUUACAUCCGCCGAAGCAGUGUUGAUAUCACUCCAGUCUCACGCCGAGGUCCUCAAUACACUUGACGCGCAUCCGGAGAUUCCCUUGAUGCAUGAGCAUCAUGGGGUGAUGGUCAAUAAUACCGAAGACUCUGGAGAGGGCAAAAUCUUUGUGGCCAGUGUCAGCCCGCAAGUCAGGGCAAGUCUGGCAACAACCUAUGGGAUUUCGGAGAAAGAAGCGGGGUACAUGAUCAACCAAUUACUUAGUGGCCCGCAGGGCUUGCGAGGUGGGGGUAAAUACGGAAAUGGGUUUACAUGGGUUGUCGACACCAAUGCUAUGCGAGAGGCCGUGCUAGUGCUCACUGCAGACGAGGUUUCGGACUCGCUCAACUCGUCAACAGCGAGCCAGUCGGCUGACUCUCUUCCCGAACGACCUAUUUUAUCCUCAGCUUGCCCUGGAUGGAUUUGUUACGCUGAGAAGACUCACCCUUUUAUCCUUCCACACCUAUCUCGGCUCAAGUCCCCGCAGGCUUUGUCGGGGACGUUUCUCAAAACCGUUUUGAGCAAGUCUCUCGGGGUCCAUCCUUCUCGGAUCUGGCAUUUGGCAGUCAUGCCCUGCUUUGACAAGAAGCUAGAAGCUAGUCGAGAAGAACUCACAGAUGUGUCAUGGCGACAGGGAGAUUCCACGGACUCUGAGACACAGCCUGUUCGCGACGUAGACUGUGUCAUCACUGCUCGUGAGCUUCUAUCUCUGGCUUCGUCUCGAGGGUUCUCACUACCAAACUUGCCUUUGCAACCUCUGCCUUCGUCUUUCACCCCACCCUUCCCUGAAAAGACCCUCGAUUCUUUCCUUUCCUUCAAGCGCUCUCGGGCGGAACAAUCUAUUGCUACAGGUACCUCUGGAGGCUACCUACACCACGUGCUCAUGACUUUCCAAGCUCGCAACCCAGGCAGCGAACUUGUGAUUAACCGCGGACGCAAUGCCGAUGUCGUGGAGUACGUGCUCAUGUCUCAAGAGGGUCAAACCAUUUUGAAAGCAGCUCGCUAUUACGGUUUCCGAAAUAUCCAAAACCUUGUCCGGAAGCUCAAGCCCGCACGUGUAUCGAGGCUUCCUGGCGCAAAACCAGCCGCCAGACCUGCCGCCAGACCUGCCGCAGGUCGGCGCCAGCCUAUAUCUCGUAACGCCGUGUCCACAAGCAGCUCAGGAUCAGACUACGCCUACGUGGAGGUCAUGGCCUGUCCGGGUGGGUGCACGAAUGGCGGUGGCCAGAUCCGAGUCGAAGACGCCAGAGAAGUCAUUGGUCCUUCCCAAGGAGAGGCACUAGACGCAUCUAUGAAGCCAUCACCACAUGAGCAGCGCGUGUGGCUUGCUCGAGUCGACGAGGCUUAUUUCUCCAUGGACUCUGAGUCUGAGCCUGAACUGGAGACUCAGUAUCAGCUGUCUUCAUUGGCUGACAAGGAGGCUAAAAUACAUGCAGGCUUGCGGUCCUGGUCAGAAUACAUGAACAUCCCCCUCUCUAAGCUCGUCUAUACUACCUACCGCAAGGUGGAAAGUGAUGUUGGCAAGGAUCAAACACCUGCUAAUGAUACAAGUCGGGUUGUGGAGCUUGCGGGGAAGAUUGGUGGUGGUUGGUAA